AGUGCCUAUAAAGUAUAAUUUACGGACUUCUCCGAUGCAAUACAGGACUUGUUGACAAAAUGUAAGAGUUUAGAUUUCAUUUAUAAAACGUAUAGCAGCCAGUUUAUUCAUAUUCUUCUAAAAUAAAGGAAAGGUAAUCAUAUGAACAUCCCGAUGAAUGGCGUUGAAGAGUUGGCCCCAAAUGAUACAGGAGCUAAACAGAGAUGAAGAUGGAGGAUUUAUUUGCAAGUUUACUGGACAAUGAGGCCGCUUAAAGAGUGAAGGCGUCCUCUCCGGCCGUCUGGAGCAGCAGUACCAGUGUGGACUCCACUUGCCAUCACAGUCUCCUCAUGAAGUCCGUCAUAGUGGAGGGCAGAGUGCAGCAUCAUGAAUGAGGAGGACACCACCCACAGCUGCUAGCCAGCACAUCCAGCGCUUCAAAUGAAGAGCCUUCAGUUCCGUAGCAUCGCCCCCAAGGCCUCAGUCGUUGUGCCUUCCCCGGCGGCCUCUGCCGUCCUCUCCUGCCAGCCCCCCCCUGCCCUCCCGAAGCUACCGGAGGCUCGCCCUCAAUCCAUCGUGGUGCCUGCCCAAAACUAUGCACUGAUGCGAAUAGCUGGUCAAGAUGGCACCUUCUCUCUGGUGGCGCUGCCCCCCUCCGUCUCCUCUCAGACGCCACAGCAACCUCAACACAGCCAGUCGGUUCAGAAGAAUCUCAAGCUGCCCAUUCCCAGAUACAAGCCAGUGAGGAGGACUGGGACCACAGACAAGGUGAGACCACCGCCCAUAGCUGCAAGGGGGGACACUGCCUCAAGGGUUGCUGAGGCAUCGCCUGGGAGUGGAACGUCAUCGUUGUUGAAGACCAAGAAACGGGAGUGCAAAGUGACUCCAAAAGAGGAAGUCUCGGAGAAGGUCCUUGUCCUUGACCACGGCCGCUCUGACUUAUCCGUCACUGCGGUGCUACCGGACAAUGCCGUCCUGUACUCAGGGUCGCAGUUGGAGCCAGAGAACGCCGAGCAUCCUGCCACAUCGAUUAUUCCAAGUCCACGCCCGACGACAACUGCACUCCAAGUGUCUCCAGGAAAGUCCCAGGACCCAAGUGGCUCGAUGAUGCAAAUGUGUCAGUCAAAGGCUCCUGCAGCUCAGCUUUCAAAAAGCAUUGCUGUUCUAUCUCCAGCCAUCUUCAGCAAAGCGUUGCAGAUCAUCCCGUCUCCUCCUAAAGGCAAACUACCCAUCCUCCCUUACUCCAAAGCCAAGACCACUCUCAUUCCAGCGGCCAAGCUCAACCUCUCCCAAGACAAGGAUUUAUUAAACCAGGCUGGUCCGAAGAGCCCCAAGGAUCCAACAUCUGAGGUCUCAUCUCUGCAAGCUCAAACUAAAAGCUCACUUGUGUCGGGAACGUUCCAGAAGCUGCCGGGAAAGAAGAGAGGACGCAAGAGAAAGACCGCUGAAGACUUGGCAUAUGAGGCCCGGAAGAAGAGGUCCUUGUCCUUCUUCCGUAGGAGGGUACCAGAAAAACCACCACUCGUGGUUUCAAGUUCCAAGCAAGAAUUUGAGAUUUCAAAGAAGUACCGCACCAUCCGACCCAAACCAGUGUUGCUGAUGGAGACCAUGCCCCAGCUAGUUAGCUUACCCGCUAGUUCCUUGGACGGUCAAGAAGUUGAGCUGGUACAAACUCCCAAAGCGAGCAAGGACUUGGAUUGUCCUCCCCAACAACACCCGGUCACCCUGCAGCUGAAAGGAGCCUACCAUCCCAGAGUCCUAGUCGCCGGUCGCACGCUGCAUCGUUGUUCCACCUGCAGCUGCUGCUUCCAGUUCAAGCACCACCUGCAGACCCACAUGAACACUCACUCCGCCACCCGGCCGUACGUCUGCCCCGUGUGCCGCAAGGCGUACGCCCAUUCCGGCAGCCUGAGCACGCACAUGAAGCUCCAGCAUUCUGAGGCCCGACCGCGCCGGUCUCUGUGCUGCGAGUUCUGCGAAAAGUCCUUUGGCUACGUGGGCGUGUACUUCAGUCAUCUGCGCGAGGUGCACAAGGUCUUGCUCACGGUGGAGCCGUCUAUCAGACAUCACGAGGACGACGUGGCCGUGGAGGGGGACAACUCGGAGACGUCGGACGAGGACCGCGAAGAACCGGUGGAGCUGCAGAUCAAAUGCGGCCGCUGCCAGGUGGUCACCCCCACUUUUGCUGACAUGAAGAUGCACCUCCUGUAUGUCCACGGCGAGGAGGUCCUGAUCCGACUUCAAGAGGGUCAGCCCACGCCGGGCGGCCUGGAGCCGGAGAAGGAGCUGGUCAAGCGCGCCGCGCACUACUGGCGGCAGCUCAACGAGAAGAAGUGCAACCUGCUCAAAUGCGGCAGCUGCGACGAGGAGUUCUUCUCCUUCGCCAAACUGAAGAGGCACAUCGUGUUCCAGCACCGCGGGACCGGAGGCGACGACGGCGCCGCCAAAGGCUUCCGGAUGCUGGCGGGAGCUUCCGCCUUCAACUGCGUGCUGUGCAGCCAGGUUCUGGACUGCAAGGAGCAGCUUCUGGAGCACUGGAGGCGCCAGCAUCACUGCGAGCAGCCCGGCCUGCUCUGGGCCGCCCUCAGCGCCUUCUGCGGCCUGGAAGACCAGGACGCCGACGAGGACCUGGACUCGGCUUUGAGUCCGCACGAACCUUCUCCUUCCUCGCUAUGAACUCAACUCAUUUCUUUCUAUUUCCGUCACCAGAAAGUGGGAAAUCGCUUUUAGUGAAGUUUGAAAAUAUCAAUUACUGUAUUUCCUUGAAUUGCCGCCGGGGCGCUAAUUAAUUUAAAACCUCUUCUCACUCCGGCACUUAUCAAAAGCAUGCGGUAAAUUUAGGCCUGAGCUUAAAAAUUUGAGUGUGAUGUAAGGAUACCAUCAUGAAAAGCACAUUUAAUAAAAAAAACGUUAUUAUGGUCUUACCUUUACUUAUAAAUGAAGUCCAUGCGCAGCUCCUUCUGAUCAAAAGCAUCCAUAACUUGUUUAUAGAAGUCUUCCUUAUCUUUCUUCAGUUUUAAAAGUCUCUCUGUCUCGAUGGAGAUCUUCCUUUAUUACCUCCUGCUUCCAUUGAAAGUCCAGUUUAGAAAAGUGUUUUAUUUUAGAUAUGUAAUCCUCCAUGUUAAAAGUGCAAGCGAGAGGAAAAAAUAAACACUCUAGCUGCAGCCGAGUAGUUGCAAGAAGGAUCACUAGCGCCCUCUACCACCAGGAGGCGGGAGUCAUGUAAAGACUCAUAUUUGACACACGCAGCUACGGUAUAUUAAUAAAACAUAGCUGCUUACUGUUCUUUUUAGCAUAUUCAAUAAAUAUGAAUAGCUCUUAAUCUUCUUCCCUUUAUGCGAUUUCAAAUGAUUGAAAUCAGCCUCCUCCAUUUUGAAAAUGAUGACAGGUGAAGUGUCACUCGUGACGUGACGAGUUUGACCCGGUGGAAAUUCUAGACAUGCACUAAUAAAAAUAAUAUUUUGCGAAAGGAGUUUGACCCGGCAGUAAUUCUAGGCAGGCGCAUACUAUAUACCCGGCAGCAAUUCAAGGAAAUACAGUAGUUCUAGAGUUUUUUUUCUCUUCAUUUGCUUGUUUUAAUUUAAGGCUUAUUUAAAUACCGUUGGAUAAUUUAAAUUCACGAGUCACACUGUCUCACGUGGUUAUUACUGUGGAUGUGAUCUAUUAUGGACCUUUAAUCCUCUUGAUUAUCUUCAUCUUUAAUUUGAUCCAGCCUCGUCACAAACUGCAAGGAUCAAACCACAGAAAUGGGAAUUAUUUUGAAAGAAAUUCAGUGCACGAUUUUGCAUUUAUUUAGUAUUUUAUGUCAAAUGGAUACAAAUAUAUAUAUAUAUAUUUACUGUACAUACACUAAUGUUGGCUUGAAUGUCUCUGGAAUUAGUCUGCAAAAAGAAUAUUUGGAAAAGUUGAUGACAAAUAUUUUGGCAUUCAUGAUGACUGUAUUUUGACAUCUUACCAAUACUUUCGUGUCCUAAAUGUACACAAACCUUCUUUUCCUACUCAGCCUAACUAAAAGUCAAAUGUAAAAGUAUGUAAACAAAAAUACAGUUAUUCAAUUAAAUAGAAUUAAAUCAUUAAAAUGAUUUGAUUGAAUAAUUAGAUUGUGUAAUCAAAUACAAUUUUUCAAUUUAUUUGACUUACUGAAUCAAAUGAUUGAAUCAAAUUAGAAAAUAAAUAUUUUAGUCAAUCCAACUUUAAAAUAUUUAAGUAAAUAAUUUAAUCAAAAAAUAUAUGUAAAAUAUUAAACAAUUGAAUCAUAAACUGCAAUUUAAUAAUUGAUUUAAAUAUUUGGGUCGAAUAAUACAAUGGAAUGAUUGAAUCAAAAACUUAAUUGAAUUAAAUAUUUGAAUAAAAUAUUUGAAAUAUUUUAUUUAAAUCAAAUAUUUUCCUCAAAUACUUUGAUUUAACAAUCAAAUUGUAUCAUCGAAUCAAACAUUUUAGUCAAAUAAUUGAGUUCAAUAUUUGAAUCAAAUUGUUUAUUAGAAUAUUUGAAUAACAUAAUUGAAUCAAACAUUUAAACCAAAUACUGGAGUCAAAUAAUUUCAUUAAAUAAUUGAACUUAAUUAUUUAAUUUUCAAACUCAAAUUAUUGAAUUUAAUAAUUGUAUUAAGUGAUUUGAUUGAAUAUUUGAAUAACGUAAUUGAAUCAAACAUUUAAACCAAAUACUGAAGUCAAAUAAUUUCAUGAAAUAAUGUAAUUUAAUUAUUGAAUCAUAAAAUGUAAUUUAAUAAUUGAUUUAAAUAUUUGGUUCAAAUAAUAAAAUGGAACGAUUGAAUCAAAAACUGAAAUCCAAUAUUUUAAUCGAAUUAAAUAUUCGACUUAAAUAUUUUAUUUAAAUCAAAUAUUUUCCUCAAAUAGUUUAACAAUCAAAUUGUAUCAUUGAAUCAAACAUUUUAGUCAAAUAAUUGAGUUCAAUAUUUGAAUCAAUGUUUAAUAGAAUAUUUAUAUAACAUAAUUUAAUCAAACAUUUAAACCAAAUAAUUUACUUAAAUAAUUUAAUCUAAUCCAAUUAUUGAAUAUUAAACUCAAAUUAUCGAAAUCAAUUGAAUUAAAUGAUUUAAUUGAAUAUUUAAAUAACAUAAUUGAAUCAAACUUAAACCAAAUACUGGAGUCAAAUCAUUUAAUUGGAUAUUAAACUCAAAUGAUGGAAAUAAAUAAUUGAAUUCCUUGAAUGAAAGACUAGAUUAGAAGAGGUGAGAAAGUCUAAAUGUGCUACUGUAGAAUAAAUAUUCAAAGCUAUGAUUGUUGUAUUAUUAUUCAGGAAACACUGGAAAGAAAGAAAAGUCAACGUUGAGGAAAAAUAAAACUAAACUCCAAAGUUAAAA